AUGAUCGCCGAAACAAACCUAACGAAGAAGAAGAAGGGUCGUACAAAAAAAUCAGUGAAUUCUAUCCCUAGUUUCUACUUCUACCUUAUUGCUAUGGAAAACCUCUCUGCCGAAGAUAAGUGCUUCUUAGCGCAAUGUGAAGAAGAGUUUAAGGAUCGAUACACUGAAAACGACGAAGACUUCAUGAAGGUGUUUAAUGCAGAAACAAUGGACCCACCGAUAGUUGAGAAUUGGAGGGCGUCUCAAAACUACGGCCGUCGUAAUGAUAACAGAAGAUAUGCACGUUCAAGUAAUAGACACAGAAGUAACCGAGAUCGAGGCUACCGGGACAGAAGCUAUCACGGCCGAGGUGACCAGGACAGAGAAUAUCAAGAAAGAGGUUACCAAGACCGCGGGUAUUGUGACAGAAGUUAUGAAGAAAGAGGGUACCAAGAAACUGGAUACCCAAACUACCCGAAAAGACCUCCAAGACAG